AUGGAGGACAGUUCACUGUUUGUUGUCAAGAAGAUUGCAACACGCUUGAGGAGUCGAAAGAGUCAAGGAUUAGGAAGGGAACCAUGCAUUAUCCUUCCUUCUCAGAAAGUGGGAGAAUUGCUGGCUUUAGCCAGGAAAAUGCAACGGGCCAGUAAACUUGGACUGCGUUCAGAAACAUACAGCUAUUUGAUGAUUACUUUUAGCGCAUAG